AUCUAUUUUCAGAAAUAGGUACUUUUUGAGUGCUGGCGUUUUUGCAGCAAAAGCAGUGAUGAUAAUCUUCUAACGAUUUAGAUUUUAGUAAAUUGGUCGUUUAUGUUAGUGAAAAGAAUAGCGGAAAACCUAAUUUACUUUGUGAAAGUGAAAAUUAACCAAUAACUUUAGUGCCUAUCGCUAAAAUGCGUCUUGUUUCUUUGCCUGUACCUAAACGGAUGGUGAACGAUGGCGAAAAUAUGAUGAUAGAUUUUUGGUGUUGAAAAUUACAUUCUGUCAUCGCCGUCAUAGUUUUCUAUGAUACACGAUAAAGACAAUAAAUAUAAGAUUUCGACGAUUUUCAAUUUGAUAUACGAAGAUCUUAAGCCGCUCGACGAUAAUUGUGGAGAAAUUAAAUUGUCAUCGACUGACCGGCUGAUAUUACACGAGGCUUGUAUGUAUAUGUGACUUCUUACUGGUAAUAGUGACACGCCUCAGAAAAUCUAACUAAGUUUUGUGAAUGAACUUAUUUUGUUUUGUUUUUGUGUCGUUUUGGUGAAUAAGACGUUUUAAAAUUACGUAACUAUUGUGGAAUCUCAUAGUUGUAGAAUGGCUUGAGAGUCGAGUGUGAUCUCUCCAUUACCGUCAUGUGUGACGACGGAAUGUUUGUUUAGGCUCUAAUAUUUCGUUGCUGCCUAACGUGAAAUACGCGUUCGCUCGGUCAGUUCGGCUGGAUCAUGAAUUUGUUCGAUUUGGGAAAAGUUUCGCAUUGAUUGUUCUCGACGUAUUGUCAAUUCGGACACUCGUAAUAGCAAAAUGUCUUCGGGAACUUUUGUGGACAGGAUUGAUCCGUUCGCGAAGCGAUCACUAAAGAAAAAGACCAAGAAGUCUCAGGGCUCCUCCCGCUACCGCAACACGCAAGAUGUGGAGCUCCAGGCUUUACCCUUUCUAAAAGAUGUUCCUAGUAACGAGCAAGAGGAACUUUUCAUUCGCAAAUUACGGCAAUGUUGUGUUGCGUUCGACUUCAUGGACCCGGUUACUGAUCUAAAAGGGAAGGAAAUAAAGCGUGCCACCCUCAACGAGCUGGUGGAGUACAUCACUGCUGGCCGUGGUGUGCUCACUGAACCUGUCUAUCCUGAAAUCAUUAAAAUGAUAUCGGCUAAUCUUUUCCGCACUCUGCCACCGAGUGAAAAUCCUGACUUCGAUCCUGAGGAAGAUGAUCCAACAUUGGAAGCUUCCUGGCCUCAUCUUCAGCUAGUCUACGAGUUCUUCCUACGCUUCCUGGAAUCGACCGACUUUCAGCCAACUAUCGGAAAGAAAGUCAUUGAUCAAAAAUUUGUAUUACAGCUUCUAGAUUUGUUCGAUUCGGAAGACCCUCGCGAGCGCGACUUCCUGAAGACCGUGCUGCAUCGCAUUUAUGGAAAGUUUUUGGGAUUGCGAGCUUUUAUACGAAAACAAAUCAAUAACAUAUUUCUUAGAUUUGUAUAUGAAACUGAACAUUUUAAUGGCGUGGGGGAACUUCUAGAAAUAUUGGGCAGCAUAAUAAACGGGUUCGCCCUGCCGCUGAAGAGCGAGCACAAGCAGUUCCUGGUGAAGGUGCUGCUGCCGCUGCACAAGGUGAAGUGCCUGUCGCUGUACCACGCGCAGCUCGCCUACUGCGUCGUCCAGUUCCUGGAGAAGGACGCGUCCCUCACCGAGCCCGUCGUGCGCGGCCUGCUCAAGUUCUGGCCCAAGACCUGCUCGCAGAAGGAGGUGAUGUUUCUGGGCGAGAUAGAGGAGAUACUGGACGUGAUUGAGCCCGCACAAUUCGCUAAAAUACAAGAGCCACUGUUUAGACAAAUAGCUAAGUGUGUUUCCAGUCCUCAUUUUCAGGUGGCAGAACGGGCCCUCUAUUAUUGGAACAACGAAUACAUCUUAUCGCUGAUAGAGGAAAACAACCAAGUUAUAAUGCCAAUAAUGUUCCCAGCCUUAUACAGGAUGAGCAAAGAGCAUUGGAAUCAAACUAUAGUAACCUUUGUGUACAAUGUACUCAAAACAUUUAUGGAGAUGAAUUCGAAACUCUUCGAUGAAUUAACUGCGAGCUACAAAGCUGAACGGCAAAAAGAGAAGAAGCGCGAGAAGGAGCGCGACGAGCUGUGGAAGCGGCUGGGCGAGAUGGAGAUCAGCCACAAGCGGCAGCAGGCCGCCGGCGCCGCCAACUGAUCGCGCACGCCCGGCCUCCGCAACUUUACUUUCCCUUAUGUAUACAUAUUUUCUAUUUGAUUACAUUUUUGUUAGUGACGUUAUUAAUUUUUUAUAAUCGUUCUUUUGGGCGGCUCGACGCGCCGCGAGCGCCCCCGGAAUCGAUUCGAUGCGCCGUCGCCCGUCUUUUUUAUAUUUUAUUUUGUACUCUGAGAGGUACGGGGAGAGUGAGACGGAGUCGAUACGACGGGCGCCCGCGCCGCACGCGAGGCUCGGUCGAUUCCCCGCGCGUCGCCCGCCCCGCCUCGCCCCGCCCGGCCCGGCGGGACGGCGGUCCCCGGAUGUCCGCUACCCGAUGAUUAUCGUACUAGUAUUUUGUAUUCGUUCGCGUAGGAUACUCGGUUACUUUAGGAUUUUUUAAUAUUGUUAAAUUGUUUAAAUAAGUUAAAAGUUGUAUGUAUAAUUGAUGCAUGAUCGUAUUGCAUUUCGGAUCACCGAUAAAUGUAUUAAUCGGGCACCCAGCUUUUGCUGAACAUGAUUGUACAAAAAAAAAUAGGGAAAAUUCAUAACAUUGUACUUUGUUUAGUAUGCGGGCCGGUACGCGGGGGGCGGGCGGCGCGAGGCGCUGGCCGUCUCGCGCGCCGCCUCGCCCCCCGUCGCCGCCGGCCGGCGAGUAGUUGUUCUAUGAAAGUUUCUUUCGACUAGCUGCUGAAUUUGAAAAAUGUAAUUUCGACGUACUAUCAUUUUGUAUAGAUACAUAGUGUAAAUAGGCAUUUAUUUAUUAUAAAUCUAUAGCAGUGUGAUUUUUAUACAUAGCUGCGGGAGGGGGACUCGACGGUCGGUCAGUCCGAGGUCGGUCCCGACGGAGCGAGCCGGAGUCCUCGCGCGUGACGCAUACAGCUCGGUGAAAACUAAAAGGAACGAUCAUAUUGGUGUAGAACAAUGCUAAAGUAGUCGUAAUAAUUUCUAAGGGAAUAGUCAUUACUUUGUAUGAUAUCGCUGUAGCCAUUAAUUUUUCUAUCAUCACUAGUAGAGCGGCGCCUCUGUAUAUAGUCGUACCGAUACGCCGCCGGGCCGCGCCAGCCUAGCGACCCCAGCGUAUGUAUGUAUGUACACUAUGGAGAUGUUUGUUAUGUAAAAUGUAUUAACAUUGCAAAAAUUAUAUGAUCUUAUAUAUAAAUUACUAUUAUAGUACACAGUAUGGAAAUAAAAAAGUUGACUCACAUUAA